UAUAUGUAUACUCGACUACUCGUGUGUAUUAUUGAUUUUUUUUUCUUUUUUUUUGAAAACAAAUUUGAAUACUGGGCUAUUGCAAUUCAAAAAGCCUCAAAAAGCCCAGCAGACGAGGUUCUAUACUUCGAUAGCCGCCACUUUAUCUGUUCGGUGGAGCAGUUGGGUAAAAACCAAAAAGUCAAACAAGAAAUUUAAUUUUCUUACAUCUUCCACAUGAAAUCAAUGUUCCACGGAUUACCUUUACCAAAUUCAAAAAGGCAUCACCUUCUUCCAUCUUUUACCUUUCUUACAACUUACACACUGAUUCAUCACUCCCAAAACAUAAUCUUUAUCGUGUCUGUGUAAUUCACUAAUUUGUCGUGAUAUUUCUUAAACUGAUUGCAAAUCUAGUUGUAAUCAGGGUUUUUCUUUUCGUGGAUACUGUUGAAUGACGAGUGCUUCCAAGUUAUUUCACAACAGAAGGAUUCGGUUUGGUGUUCACAACAACGCCGUCGACGACAAAGACUCAGAUUCCUCACCAGCGAAAGGAAAUUCCUCCCGCCACAUCACCACCAAUCGCCGGCAUCCGAAUCGCCGGAAUCUCGAAGCCUCUGACACUCCCUCUCGGCGUAUCCACCGUCAUCGCCACUCGGAGCUAGUUCAGCUGGAAGCAGGUGGUAGUCAUGAUCACUCUCCCUCUGGAAGCAUCAUCAAUUCAGAAGAUUUCAGAAGCAUACGCAGAUGGGGCACCACUGAAAACGAUAGGCUUCCAGGAGUUGUGUUACUUGCAAGGGAAAGACUCCUCGAAAGAUUAAGAGGUGUUCAUGUUUCAGAAAACAGUAGAUCUUCAUCCAGCCUUCAUGAAGAUGAUGACUUAUUGUACAACGUCUACAAUAGCUUCAUUGAUGAACCAGUUUCGGGAGUAAUAGCAAUGCCAUCAUCGACAAGAAUACUUACCCCUGGACUUUCUCAAGAUGCCUUAAACUGCUUGUUGAUAAAGGUUUACAAAUACGAUGAAAAAAUUAAUGAAAGCUCAAGUGCAUCAAGGGAGUGUAGUAUUUGUCUUGAAGGUUUUGAAGAUGGUGAUGAACUGAUAAACCUUCCUUCAUGCAUGCACAGAUUCCACUCCUGCUGUUUGUUUCCUUGGGUUGAGGUUUGUGGGGCCUGCCCAAACUGUAGAAAAGUUGUGGUUUUAACUAGCAAUUAGCAACAAACUUGUUUCUUGAUUAUAUUUGUUGUGUAUUAAUAUCCUUGUUGUCUUUUGCGUUCUAAUUCAUGACACCUUAAAUAUAGAAGAUUACAAUCCUAACAAAUAAGAGGAUAUCUUGUUUCCUAGCUUACAAAAUCUCUUAUCUAUACAAUAUUGUAUCAUAAUUUGUUCCAAAUAUGUGGAGAAUCUUGAGUAAAUUCUCUAUCACACAUCCAUAGUAGUAGCGGAAGUAGAUCUGAAGCUUAGAUUGUAUAUGAAGUCAAGGAAUAGAUGUGUUGAUGGCCUGUUUGUGAUGAAAUCCUUGUUGGAGUUUUUGUUAGUUUUAG